AGUGGACACACACGCCUCCAGUGCAGUGACAGAAUGACUGGCUGGGUCUCUGGGGUGGAAACUGUCUGUACAGGGAGGCUGCACGACACAGAUGUGUUUUCAUACAGGAGAGAAGGAGCACUCGAUAGAUCAGAAUGUCAAUGAAGGGAAACACGGGACCCCUCUGCAAGCGUGGAGUAAACAUGUUGGGCAUGGAGGGUUGUCACAUGUUCGCAAACAGAUUUAUGUGCAGAUAAACACACACAGUUUAUACGACCACAUUUCACAGAGACAUGAAUGCACAAGCACGGACAUAAAAACACUGUUGACGUGAGUCAGAGUGUCAGCUCAUGCAGCCCAAUGGGAGAAGGCACAAUGUGAGCUGAGGAGGUUACACAACCACCGGGUCGACCUGACAGAGGUCAAAGACCUGGGAACUGAUGCUCCAUUGAUUUUAAUGUCUAUUCGCACCCAGAAAAUAAAAAAAACAGUCCAGCAAUGCGACACGUAACCAGUUUGAGGUUUGCAAAGUGGCACGCAAACAGCAAGAAUGUAGUGCAUGCUCAUCCAAGUGAUUCAGUGAGGAACGCGUCAAAUGUUUAUCCUAACCACACUCCAAGCCGGUGGCAACACACUGACAGAGUGUUGUUAGGAUUCCACCCUAUCUGAGAACAACAAUGGUUUUGGCAAAAUAUUGGGCGCAAACUCUUUCUGUACUUAUUCAUCAGAUAAUUGUGGGAUAUGACAGGAUUUGUUCUCAUGAAUUUAAACAGCAACAGCACAAUGAGAACACACCGACUUGUGGUCCAUAAACCAAUCUUUCUGGCCAUUGUUCCCAGUUUCACCCACUGGUUCCCCUCAGAGCGGAGACAGACAACUCUCAGCGGUUGUUGGAUAACGAUUCCACCGUGCACCUGAAGAUGAGGGAGCGACAGCGUUUCUUCGAGGAGGUCUACCAGCACGAUGUCGAUAACUACCUGCCCUCUGCUCACUUGCAGAUCGACAGCAGGAAACCUCCAAUGGGCAGUAUCUCAUCUAUGGAAGUGAAUGUGGACGUCCUGGAGCAGAUGGACCUGAUGGACGUAUCUGACCAAGAGGCUCUAGAUGUGUUUCUAAACUCGGGCUCUGGAGCAGAGGAUGGAGCGCUGGCUUCCCCACUGCCAGAGUGUGAGGAUGACGACGAAGAGGAUGAGGAUGAAGAAGCAGAGGUGGUCUACAGGGAGCGUGCGCCUUUGAAACGGCAAAACGAAGUCCACCGCGGCACCAAGUCUCGCAUGUCGUCCACAUCGUCUGGUUCCAGUGACACCAGUGGGGCCGGAGAGGACACGCCUGUGAUCCAGUCUGACGAUGAGGAAGUCCACGCGGACACUCAGCUGCUGACCUCUGCUCCCCAAACCAGGGAUGAAGAAACAGAGGAGGAAGAUGAGGAGGAAAGAGGCCUUGCGAGAGAGGGUAGAGGAGUCUGACAUCCUUCAAUCUGAGUGUCUACAUUUGCGUUCCUUUCUUUUGGGGAGAACCUAAGCAAGGUUGACCUGGCUUUGAUUCAAUGUGUCUUCUGUACAUCUCAAAAUCAUCUAUGUUCCCCGAGUAACUUUUAAAUACUCUGUGUUUGAGGAAAUCAGAAUGAUUUGUGCCAUGUGGCAAUUUAUAAAUGAGUCAAAACACUUCCAUGCACUUACAUGUUCUGACCGAGAUAAAUUCAUUGGAAGUUUGGCUCCUCUUGCUGUCUCCCCUCCUCCUCUCCAUUUUUUUUUUCACGAUUUCAAAGGAACAGGCUCAGAGCGGCCGUGUGAAGCCCGAAGGUGCCUGCGCUCGAACUUUAUGGGCAAAUCGCAAGUGAAAGAACUUAAAGCCGAGGGAAGCCAUAUAGUAUUCACUGAACAAAUGCAGGCAUGUACAAAAUAGCACUAAAAUAUUUAAUUAGGGCUGCUGCACACAUGAGGAUUUUCAACUCUUGAUCAAUUUAAAAAAACGAUUUGAAAUCUUAUAAUCUUCAGAACACUAGAUGACUUGGCCAGACCAUCAGACCACACAAUCACCAUUUGUAGGAAACGAUAUCAAAGUGGCGAUUCCAGAGACUUGAAAUCUCACAGACACUUCAGGAAGAAACAUGGAGGAGGAAUUUUCAUUGUGAUUAUAGGCAUUUAGAUUAUGUUUAGAUUACAUUUAGAGAUGCUGGAACGGUCCAAUCGAACUGUGGUCUAUCUUUUUAUUUGUCUGCAAGUGGAAAAUGGCUUUGUGCCAUAGCAUUUCGAUUCCAAACCCUAGACUGCGUGAAAAGAUAGACCACGUAUCUCCAUUUCCUCCUUAACCUUAUCCAGUAAUGAAGCCAAAAUGUCCCAGAUACGAUCUCUGCCAUCUUGCGUAUUUUGGAGCCAAUUGGUCGAUGAAACCAACGCAGUGGUGAGGUGACAUUAGAUCAAUGUAUUUGAUCUAUACUUUUACUUUUUAGUUUGGUCCAGGUCCAAGUUUAUGGUUGAGGAUCUGUAAUGUCAUCCAUCUUUGUUGAUGGUUUAUGCCUCAAGCUGACAGCUCCGUACCACACAGCCAAGAGGUCAAACUGUUCAGGGACCCUUCAUUGUCCCAUUGUGUUUUCAGAUGAUCCACAUGAGGCAGAAAUGAGUAAAAUCAAACAAAAAGUUCCUUUUCCUCUACUUACCAUUAAUCGUUUGCCAUGUGCAUGUGCAGACGGUUUAUAGUAUCAUCAAAGGAGCUGUGAUAGUAAAUGCAUGCUGUUUUUGUUCUUGUCAAUGAGUAUUUCAUAGUGUUUCGAACCUGUACCUACAAAGUGUUGUAUUACGGAACGUAUCAGCACCUGAAGCCAAGUUACUCCUCUCAUCCAAGUGAGACGUAGUCUGACAGUUGAGUGUUUGUCACGUAGAGAGUGAGGGAUCUCCUUGUGUGUCAGGGUGUGGGUGUGUGGAUGUGUACGGUAGAUGUGGACCAUCAACAUUUAAAAGACAACCGUGUUAUUAAUGUUGUGCAUCUCUUACCCACUCUGAUAUCUUGCUGUGGACUGAAUAAAAAUAAGGCAGAAGUUAAACCAGUUGAA